AUGACGGUUGACACGGAUCAUUCGAGUGACGAGGGCUCCCAGAAACGCCGCAAUGUACGAAAGCGCGCCCAGCAAUGGAUGACCAAGGGGGCCUUGGUGCACGAGGACUCUGACGAUGAACUGGGCGACGAGGACCACCCUUGGGACUGGAUUUAUGCUACAGAAGAGACUGAGGUCAAGGAGGAUCCCGAGACAAACAAUGCGAGCCCCGCAAAGUCUCGCCGACGGCGGUCAUCACGUCCUGCGAAGAAAGGCCCAGCAAUCGUGGGCGCAAGAAUGGGUUCAUUCGAGUGCACAUUGGGCGAGGUCGUGCUCCUUAAAUCCCCCGAGAAUGGCAAGGACUGGGUCGGAAUUAUUACCGAAUUCCUUGAGGAGGAAGAUGAGGAUGAGGAAGGGGAAGUUAUCAAGUCGGUCAACGUCAUGUGGUUUGCCUCGCCUGACGAGUUCAUGUCAACAAGGAACAAGCGGAGAACCGACGCUCUGCCCAAUGAGCAGUACCUCACAGCUGAUUUCAACGUCAACCCUGUCACUUCCAUCAAUGGCAAGGCAACGGUAAUGUCGAAGGACGCCUUCUACGCCAAAUACCCGAACGGAGUACCACCCAAGGACAAAGCAGAACGUGUCGAGUUCAACAAGUGCAUCGUGUGCCGUCGAGGUGUCAACCAAGUGCAGGGCCGAUACACUGACGAGUUCAACUGGGAGGAAGUCUACGGAGAGCGCAACAUCCAUCAACUCAUCAGCAUGGUGAAGGAGGGCCUAAAAGCGGCGCGGAAGAGGAAGGCGGCUGAUGACGACCAUGUCGAUACCAAGGACGAGACUGCCGCUCCAUCCACUCCGAGGAAACGGCAAAGAAUGGCUGCGACCAAUGCGACCCCGAAAUCACAGCGCAAGAAGGCUUUGACGACACCUUCAAACAAGCGAAUUGUCGUAAAGAAGCCUCUUGAAUUCACCCCGCUGGGCACUCGCGUCCUUGAGCCAUCUCAUUUUGCCUCGCCCUACCAGCAAGCGCGCACCCUACUGCACGUUUCGACUGUCCCCGAAUCCCUCCCCUGUCGAAAAACUGAGUUCAAUACCGUCUACAACCAUCUCAGUGCCGCUAUCAUGGAAGGCACCGGAGCGUGUAUCUACAUCUCAGGUACCCCGGGUACAGGUAAAACCGCAACCGUGCGAGAAGUUGUGGCCCAGCUCAAUGCUGCCGUGCUUGAGGAGGAGAUGGACGAUUUCAUUUUCGUGGAGAUUAACGGCAUGAAAGUCACCGACCCACACCAAUCAUACUCUCUUCUUUGGGAGGCCUUGAAAGGAGACAGAGUCUCUCCCUCCCAUGCGCUUGACCUUCUAGAGCAAGAAUUCUCCAAUCCUUCGCCUCGCAGAGUCUCUUGCGUCGUCCUUAUGGACGAAUUGGAUCAGCUGGUCACCAAGAAUCAGUCAGUGAUGUACAACUUCUUCAACUGGCCUGCGCUUCGUCACUCUCGUCUUAUCGUCUUGGCCGUGGCCAAUACCAUGGACCUGCCUGAACGUACCCUGAGCAACAAAAUUUCCAGCCGUCUCGGCCUCACCCGUAUCACAUUUCCCGGAUACCGACACACUGAUCUGAUGGAGAUUAUCAGCACUCGCCUGGCUAGUGUUCCAGGCAACAUCGUCGAUCCUGACGCCAUUCAGUUUGCUAGUCGCAAAGUUGCUGCUGUCAGCGGUGAUGCACGUCGUGCUUUGGAUAUCUGCCGACGUGCGGUCGAAAUUGCGGAGCAAGAGGCCGAUGAAGCCGCCAACGCCGCCCCAGUGGACGAUGAUGCUGCAGAUGAUAUUCCUCCAACUCCGAGCAAGACUCCUGCUCGACGUAACAAAGCGCUCACAGAAAAGGGAGCCGGCGAUUCACCAGCCUCAAAACCUGCACUCGGUAAGGGCCAACCUGGCCGUGUGACCAUCGCCACUAUCAAGCAGGCGAUCCAGGAGGCAACCUCUACACCACUCCAGCAAUCACUGCGGUGCCUACCUCUUUCUGGCAAGCUCUUCCUGGCCGCUCUACUAGCACGCGUGCAACGUACUGGAAUUACCGAGUCCACCUUCGGUGACGUCCUUGACGAGGCACGUCGUAUCGCGGAUGCGGCCGUAGCUGUCGCCGGUGCCGCGGGAGCAGGCGUUAAAGACUUCCUCCUUGGCGGGGGUGCUGCAUCCCGGGUGCGGGCUCUAGGAUUCGCUGCCAUGGAACUCAUGAAUUCUGGCGUUCUGGCUUUGGAGCAAGGCUCCGGCACGAAGAACUUGCUUGGAGGCUCUACGAUUCCUACUCGUGGUGACCGGACUAGCAAGAUUCGACUUCGUGUCGCACCGGAGGAUGUGAAGCUUGCAUUCCGCGAGGAUGCGGAAGCUAAAGGCUUUGGCAUGGGCAUCGAGCAGUAG